UCGCAAUCUUGAUUUAGAAAACUUGAGUAGUAAAUAAACACGUAUUAUUCUUCGCUGCAGUUUAAUAUUUAAAAAGAUCGCCAUGCCGAAGGUAUCAAGCUCUAAAGCUGAUUUACUUAACAAAUGGAUAAAGAAUGCUAAACAUUUAUCCACUGAUGGAACAGUUGUAUACUAUAACGCCUGUUCAAAGCAAGUAUCCUCAAACCAGAAAUUUCAAAUCGAUCAACACCUUGCUACAGCCAUUCACAAGGAAAUGGAGAAACAAUUUAACGGGAAAGUGCAACAAACGUUUGUUUCAACUACAUGAUGUGGCAGCUCCCAACAAAACCAGGAUUCUAAAAAUGAAUUUUAUUUUGAUUUAUGCAACUCCAUGGCACAAUCAAACAUACCAUGGAAUAAAUUAGAACAACCGGCGUUCCGUAAAUUUUUAGAAAAAUAUUGUAACCGCCAUAUCCCAAAUGAAUCCACAUUGCGCAAAAACUAUUUGAUGAAAUGUUACCAGGUACGUUUAGAAAAUAUUAGGGAAAAGUUAUGCAACACAAAUAUUUAUAUUCAAGUUGACGAAACAACAGAUGCAUGUGGUCUAUGUUGCCAAUAUACUUGUUGGUAUUUUAAACGAGUCUACCCCUCCAGUGUCUUAUUUAAUUAAUUCAGCAGCCUUAGAAAAAACCAAUCACUCGACCGUUGCACGUUUUAAUAAUGAUAGUUUAACCCUACUAUAUGCACCAAAUCCAGUUAAAUCAGAAAACGAAAAAUUGAUGCUUUCUGAUGCAGCCGUUUAUAUGAUCAAGGCUGGAAAAACUUUACUGGUAUUUUACCCGGAAUUAAUACAUUUCACCUGUAUGGCUCAUGCAUUGAAUAGAUUAGCCGAAUUAGUACGUGCAGAAUAUCCUUCUGUUAAUUAUUUAAUUAAUAACGGAAAAAAGGUCUUUUUAAAAGCUCCCCUAAGGGUAGAAUUUUACAAAGAAAUGGCUCCUGGCUUGCCCUUACCACCUGAGCAUGUUAUUACAAGAUGGGGUACAUGGCUCAAUGCUGCCUUGUUUUAUGCAGAUAAUUUCGUAAUAAUCAAAGAAAUUUUUCAUUCGCUUGACGCUGAUUCUAUAGCACUUAGAUCUUUUGUAAGGAAUCGAUACUAGAGUCACACAUUUUAGAAGACUUAGACUUUAUUAAAGCUCAUUUUUUCAUGUUAGCAAAAGCAAUAAUGGAGCUGGAAACUACCUAGUUGUCAUUAAACGACUCUUUCAGAAUCUUAGAAAAGGUGAUUGAAGAACUAAGUCUUAUUCCUCUUGAAACUGGAAACAAAAUUAGGGUUAAAUGGGAAAGUUUUUUAUCUCGCAGUCCUGGAUACCAACAAAUAAAAAAUGUUUGUUACAUUUUGAGAGGACAGAACCAAAUUGAUCCGGAUAUUAAAAUGAAGCCUUCAGACAUAGCUUCCUUGAAAUUUGCGCCGAUCACAUCAUGUGAUGUGGAGCGUUCAUUUUCGGCAUUUAAAAAUUUAUUAACAGACAAACGCCAUAAUUUAAGCAUGGAUAGUAUUAACCAGUUAUUAGUUUUAUACUGCAACCCUAUCGUUUAACUUUUUGUGUGGGUUAGUUUGGAUUAGUACUGUACUGUUCAUUACAGAAAAACCUAUUUUGUUUUGUUGACUUUUAGUUUAAUAUUAUUUGAUAUGAUAUUAUAUUAAUUAUUAUAUUAAACAUAAU